CACAACACCCAACGCCCAGCCGACUAACGACCCCAGUAAGUAGAGUCUCGGAUCUCAUUGUCACGCCCUUCACGACCAACAUCUCCUUUCUAUUCCCGGCUACGACGUGGCUGCUCUCUCUCGUCCUCGUCGCGCGCAGUUUCUCGCAGUUUCUUCAACCGGUCUUUUGUCCACUCUUUAUUCACAUAAUUUCCAAUCCAGUAUCAACCGCGGUUGACGAUUCGCAAAGAUGUCGUCCUUCGAGUCCGUUGUUGUGAUCGAUGGCAAGGGCCAUCUCCUUGGCCGCCUUGCCUCCAUCGUGGCCAAGCAGCUGUUGAACGGCCAGAAGAUCGUGGUUGUCCGCACCGAGGCCCUCAACAUCUCCGGCGAGUUCUUCCGCUCUAAGCUCAAGUACCACGCCUACCUCCGCAAGAUGACCCGUUACAACCCUACCCGCGGUGGUCCCUUCCACUUCCGCGCUCCUUCCCGGAUCUUCUACAAGGCCGUCCGUGGCAUGAUCCCCCACAAGACUGCCCGCGGCGCCGCCGCCCUUGAGAGACUCAAGGUCUUCGAGGGUGUCCCCCCGCCUUACGACAAGGUCAAGAAGAUGGUUGUUCCCCAGGCCCUCCGUGUCCUGAGACUGCAGCCCGGCCGCAAGUACUGCACCGUUGGCCGCCUCGCCCACGAGGUUGGCUGGAAGUACCAGGAUGUUGUUGCUAGACUCGAGGAGCGCCGCAAGGCCAAGGGUACCGCCUACUACGAGCGCAAGAAGCUCGCCCAGAGACAACUGACGGAAGCCAAGAAGAACGCCACCGUCGACAGCAAGACCACCGAGGCCCUCAAGUCUCUCGGAUACUAAGUCUUGGGUUUCCUGAGAAGGGAAGGGUGUGCUGGUCGUCUGUCGUCUUUACGGGUUUCGCUGUCGUUGUUGUCUCCCAUCCUCUGCAUCUUCCGCGUCUGGCGCAUGUCUUGAAUUCGCCCGACGAAAAAACAAAAUUCCACCACCUCACGCAUCAACAACGGCCACCGAAAUGAACACACAAUACACACACAUGAAUCCAACCG